UCUCUCUCAAAUUUUAGAGCUUUCUUUCUCUCUCCUACCUUCUCUCUCUUUCUCUUUCCCUUUCUCUUUCUCUGUCUCUCUCUCUCUCAUUGGUUUCUCUCUCCUCUCUCCUCUCUCUCUCUCUCUCUCUCUCUCUCCAGAAGGGCAAACCCUAAAGAGCCGUUUACACCCACCCAAUUAUUAUGGACGACGACGCACUGAACAUGCGAAAUUGGGGUUACUAUGAACCAUCCUGCAAAGGACACCUCAAUCUACAGCUUAUGCCAACCAUGCCUGAGCGAGAUACGAAACCUUUUCUGCCUGGGCGUGAUCCGACCAUUCUGGUAGCUCCCAAUGGAGCUUAUCAUCCUAGGGAUUCUAUUGUUUCGGAUGCUCCUCUCCAAUACAAUUACGGGAGGGACAAUUGGAUGAACCAGAGAGAGAAGUUUUUCAACAUGUUGCCCCCGAAUCAUAAUUAUGCUAUGCUCCCGGAAAGUUCUGGGGCCCAUAAUCUGCAAAUGUUACAGAUGCCUGACUCAUUGAGGGAUGAUAGGAUGGGCAGGAUUGAAGAGCCAAGCCCGGGGAUUAAAAAGGAGAGUCCACAACUGAAGAAAAGGCAGGGCAAUGGUAUUCCUAAGACCCCCAAAGCCAAAAAGAGCAGGAAGCCGAAGGACAAUACAAACCCUCCGAUUCAGCGGGCAAAGCCACCAAAGAAGAGCAUGGACGUUGUUAUCAAUGGCAUGGACAUGGAUAUAUCAGGUAUUCCGAUACCAGUCUGCUCGUGCACUGGUGCUCCUCAGCAAUGUUACCGCUGGGGUUGUGGUGGUUGGCAAUCGGCGUGUUGUACCACACAGGUAUCAAUGUAUCCGUUGCCGAUGAGCACCAAGCGACGGGGUGCAAGAAUAGCUGGGCGGAAAAUGAGCCUAGGUGCAUUUAAGAAGGUUCUGGAGAAACUUGCAACUGAUGGCUACAAUUUUGCUAACCCAAUUGACCUGAGGACCCAUUGGGCCAAACAUGGUACCAACAAAUUUGUGACUAUCAGGUAGAUUUACAUUGUUCGUGCUGCUGAGCGAGUUCUGAUGCAUAUGGCCUGUCUUACCUGUAUUUACACCAAAGGUCAUUUGUAGAGAGGUUAAUGUACUUUGUAGUUUAUGAAUUUUUGUGACAAUGCAUGUUUUGAAAUUGAGACGUCCAGAAUUUUUUGCCA